AGAAAAAAUACGCGCUUUUUUCCCAACCUACCCCUUUCUCACAUUACACCGCAAAACAGCUUCUUCUUUCGAAAGUUUCUCCCAAAACCAAGAACACCAUCUUUCAUCGAAUUGCUCUAUAAGCUUUUUCGGGACUUAUAAAACCCUAAGAAUAAAAAAGGAAAAGAAAAAAGAGAAUAUUUUCAUUUUUGCUUUUUUCUCAAUUGAGAGUGAUGGAGAAGCGAUCUGAAACCUAAGGAUUGUGGAUUGAAGGCUGUUUCUUUUCUGCGUCUGAGAAAAAGAAACAGCCUGCGCUUAUGGUCGGAAUCGUCUCACCGUUUUCUGGAUUAGAAUCAAUCUCCAUCUUUGAUUUUUUUUUUUUCUUUUUUGGGGAUAUGGGAAUGACGAAUGAUGGGCCGCGAUCGCAGUCGGGCGGGCCGAAAUCAGCAGCGAGGAGUAACGGGUUCUUUCCAAGUUCAUUCCGUGCGAUAUCGGGCUACUUGAGGGUUGUGUCGUCUGGCGCGUCCAGCGUGGCAUCAACUGUCCGGUCGGCCGGGGUGUCUGUUGCCUCCUCGAUUGUGGAUCGGGGCGAAGAGGUGGGCCGCGAUCAGGUGCAAUGGGCUGCAUUUGAAAAGUUAGAAUGUGAGGCAGACAUUUUUCGGCAAGUUCUUUUGCUAGGUUACAAAUCUGGCUUCCAAGUUUGGGAUGUUGAGGAGGCUGAUGAUUGGUGCGAGCUGGUAUCUAGACAAGAUGGCCCUGUUUCGUUUUUGCAAAUCCAACCGAAGCCAUUAGCAUCAAAGAGAUUGGAAGAUAAGUUCGCGGAUGUUCGUCCAUUGCUGAUUGUUGUUGGAGAUGGAUCUGGAUCUGGUGGCGGUGAUAUCCCCGACCAGCCUGGAUCUCCUUGCAAUGGUACUGUUGCUAGUUGCCAUGAUGCACGAAAUGGGAGUUCCGUGCCUACAUUCGUUCAGUUUUAUUCCUUGAGGUCUCAUUCGUAUGUAUAUGAUCUAAAAUUCAGAACAGCUGUUUACUCAGUAAGGUGCAGUCCUCGAGUUGUGGCUGUUUUGCUAGCAGCUCAGAUACAUUGUUUUGAUGCUGUGACACUAGAGAGGGAGUAUACAAUUCUUACAUACCCUAUAGUCUCAGGAUGUGUUGGUUGUGGAGGUAUAGGCUAUGGGCCACUUGCUAUGGGCCCCAGGUGGUUGGCUUACACUGGAACUCCAGUUGCAGUGCCGAAUAUGGGCCGCGUCAGUCCACAGCAUUUGGCUCCCACUCCAGGUUUGUUCACUUCUCCUUCAAAUGGUAGACUGGUUGCACACUAUGCUAAAGAGUCGAGCAAGCAACUCGCAGCUGGUAUGGUGAACCUUGGAGAUAUGGGUUAUAAGAAGCUCUCAAGGUACUGCUCGGAGCUCCUACCUGAGCGAAAUAAUUCUAUAAGAUCCAGGAGUCACAGUUUCAAAACAAAUGGACCCAUCAAUGGUCACUUGGCCAAUGCUGAAAAUGCUGGAAUGGUCAUCAUCAGAGACAUUGUUAGCAAAUCUGUUGUUUCUCAGUUCAGGGCUCAUAGGAGUCCCAUCGCAGCAUUAUGCUUCGAUCCCAGUGGGAUGUUACUGGUGACAGCUUCUAUUCAGGGUCAUAAUAUCAAUGUUUUUCGAAUUACGCCCUCUCCCUUUGGAAACUCAUCGGGAUAUGAUGCUGCUGGAUCAUACGUGCAUCUUUACAGGCUGCAACGUGGCCUGACAAAUGCGGUUAUCCAAGACAUCAGUUUCAGUGAUGACAGCCAAUGUAUUAUGAUCAGUUCCUCACGGGGAACGAGCCAUUUAUUUGCAAUAUCGCCUUCAGGAGGGACCAUCAAUAUUCAAAAUGACUCCAGCCUGACCAAUGUUAUCAAUGGAAUAGGCCCCAUGACAAAACCCACUGCUCAUUGGCCACCUGCCAGCUCAGGUCUAUCAAAGUCGAACCAACAGCCUCUUUGUGCAUCUGGUCCCCCAGUCACCCUAUCUGUUGUGAGCAGAAUACAGAACGGGAAUAAUGGUUGGAGAGGUGCCGUAAUUGGUGCUGCAGCAGCUGCAACCGGAAGGGUAAGUUCUCUUUCUGGGACUAUUGCGUCGGCCUUCCACAACUGCAAGGGUAAGGGUGCCCAUCCAGAUACCAGCUCAUCGAAGACGAAGUACCACCUGCUGGUGUUCUCCCCACUGGGUUGUGUGAUACAGUACGUAUUGCGUCCAUCUACUGGGGAAGAUUUGCUAACUGAUUUUUCUGGAUUAAGCUCUGUUCUGUAUGAGUCAGCUCUGGAUACUGACGUGAGGUUGGUUGUUGAGGCUCUUCAGAAAUGGGAUGUUUGUCAGAGGAAGAAUAGAAGAGAGUGGGAGGAUAAUAUUGACGUUUAUGGAAAUGGUGACAAUAGCAAGCUUUUUCCAAAAGCAAUGAAAAGGGCGAAUGGUGUCCAUCCUGCUGAUAAUGGAAUGGCCAGAAAAGUGAAGUAUGAGGAAAAGAAUCACUUGUAUAUUUCGGAGGCUGAGUUGCAGAUGCACCAGGCUUGUGUCCCUUUAUGGGCAAAAUCUAAGGUAUACUUUCAAGUGAUGAUGAUGAACACCAAGAAAGCAUGCGAUGAGAUUGUUUUAGGUGGGGAGAUUGAAAUAGAAAGAGUUAUUACAUGUACAGUUGAAACUCGUUCGAAAGAUUUGGUACCUGUCUUUGACUAUCUCCAACCUCCCAAGUUUCAACAAUCAAGGAUAUCUCCAGUAGACAGUCGCCGGAACGGGACACUAUUGCAUCAGAAGUCAGGACUGUCGGAAGAUGGGAGACUUUCUUGCCAAAGCAGUUGCAGCUCUCUUGAUGGCAUGACUGAAUGUGGUACUUCAGUGGUAUCUGAGCUUCAAAAUGGCAUUCACGAAAACAGCUGGGGUGAUCUUCCAGCAUUGACAGAAUCAAUGAAGGGCUUUGUAAAUAACAGGGACGGCCCGACAAUGAAGAGUCAGCUUGAGUUUGUAAAUAUCAAAGAUACCUCGACGAUGGAGGCUCAACUCAAGUUUGUAAAUAGCACAGAGAGCCCGAAGAUGGAGGCCUACUUUGUGGAUGAUGAUAAUGCGGUGGAUUAAGAGGACUGGUGAUGAAGCGUUGGCUGCUGUUCAUGAUGAUCUUCAUUGGAUGUGCACCUAUUCUUUUAAUUUCCCAGGAGGCUUUUAUUGGCCAGUGUAUUUUAUAAGAGGGGUCAAUUGCGAAAAUGUAAGUGUGGAUAUUAGUGUUGGUAUUCUGUUUCUAGUGACAUGAUGACCCUGUAAAUAUCAGAUUCUUUUAAUAUAGUCUCAAUAAUCAGAUUGUAAUAUGUAAAUAUGAAAGGAAAUGAUAGGUUUUGUUUCAA